CUGGCAGACGUUCACUUUUCUUAGCCUGGGAGUUCAAGAGGUAACUUCAGAUAAUAGACUCGUCAUUCCGAGAAGUUUCCCUUGAAGAAAUGUUGGCAGGAAGCUUCUAUUUUCUGAACUUUUGUUUAUUAAAGAGCGAAGCUUCUGUCUUCUUUAUAGUGUUGAUAGGGGAAUAAAUAGUCUACACUUCAGUAACUUAGUUCACUUACAGCAUAGCAGAAAAUACUUAUCAAGUUGACACGUAGGGAUCCAGAUUAUAAAGUGUUAGAAACCCAGAGAAGGAAGAUUAACUUUAACGUCUUUCGAUUCACUAUUGGACAUACAUUACAUUGAAUGUUAGGUUUUAUAUAGUAGGCCUACAGUCUAUGAUUGUUUCAGAGAGGAGAUCUAAAAGUUGCAUUUUCUCUUCAAUUUACGAUACAAUGGAUACUGUAUAGGAUUAAUGAAGACAAAGCCAUGGAUUUAAAACUAAAACCUGGAUGUGUCGUUGCCCUGGUAGUUGUGCUCUUAGGCUAUGAUGUUUGGGCAGCUUCUUUGAAUCUGACAAAUUUGCCAUUUACUAUUUACGUGAAAGAGAACGAGACUGUUGGAAAUGUCAUCUUCAAUAGUACUUAUAGCAAACCUACAGGGACGACACCGAUCUUUAUUAUAAAUGUGGGCAACACACUUAGACGAUUUUCUAUGGAUGCUCAAAGUGGCUCGAUUUACCUUGGCGGAUCCUUGGACUACGAGUUUGUGAAACAAUACCUUUUGUACGUAAGGGUGACUAACGCGGAUGUUUCAACUGACUUUGAAGAAAAGCUUUUAACAGUCAAUGUGAAUGACACGAACGACAACGCCCCGGUGUGCCAUCCAUACAGUGUUCUGGGAGAACUGGAUGAGACCGCGGCUGCUGGUACUGUUUUCGUCACUCUGAAUUGUACUGAUGACGACACUGGUGAUGGUGGUGUGGUGGAGUAUAAAGUAAUAUCUGGCAAUUCAACAGUCAUUGCGGUGAAUUCCAGCAAUGGAAGAGCCACGCUCAUUAACCAGACAGACUACGACACCACCAGGCAAGACUUCUAUAGCGUGACCGUUGAGGUCAGUGAUAAAGGAAGCCCGAGGUUGACAACACAGGCCAUGGUGUUUCUUUCCUUCAAAGACGCGGAUGACAACAAACCACUUUUUACUGAAACAGUUUUCACUAAAGAGAUCCCAGAAAACACUCCCGUUGGUGCCACUGCGCUGACCAUAAAUGCGACAGACUUGGACACUCCUAACACAUUCAACUCUUUGACUGUUUACGAGGUAACGAGCUGUUCUCCAGACUGGCUCAUGGUGGACAGAUAUACAGGAGCUAUGAUCGUCAAAGACACACUAGACUAUGAGACUUCCAAUCAGAUCAACUGUACAGUCACGGCUUAUUCCUCCAAUCAGACGUCAAACAAAGAUUCGGCUAACGUGACAAUAACAAUUAAGGACGUCAAUGACAGAAUCCCAACAUUUAGCCAGGUGUUCUACAAGGGCAAUACAACAGAGAAUGCAACUGGUGCGCUGGUCCUCACAGUGAAAGCCACAGACCCUGAUGCUGGAAAAGACGGGGAGAUCAGAUAUUCUAUAGUAGACCCUGACGACAUUUUUGUCAUCAACGAUACCACUGGAGAGAUUUCUGUGUCCAAGAAGCCAGACUACGAAAAUAAAACUUCGCAUCUGAUCACAGUGAUAGCUGAGGACCAAGGAACAAGUGUUAAGAACAAUAAUACAGUCUAUGUACAGAUUACAAUUGAUCCUGUGAAUGAAUUCACUCCAACAUUUAACGUGACGCCCUGUAUAUUCUCAGUCCUGGAGAACAAGACUGCAGGUGACGUAGUUUAUAUUGUCAACGCCACUGACCUAGACGCGGGUCUGGAUGGAGCUCUUGAGUUCUCUAUUGACAGUUUGAACAACGCACUUCCUCUCAGAAUAGACAGCGGAACAGGAGCAAUACGAGUUGCCUACCCAUUAGACUAUGAGACACAGAAGAUGUACACAUUUAACGUCACGGUUAAAGAUAACUCUACUUCAACACGGCUGUCAAGUAAUAUGACAUGCACUGCCAAUAUCAUCAAUGUUAACGAUUCAGACAUCAUAUGUGAGAAUGUGCCUACGGUGGUUCUCAAGAAACCAGCCCAAGAGGAUACUGUUGCUAAGCUCAAAUGUAACGACUCAGAUAACGGAGGAAUCGCUUUGGUGAACUAUGGGUUAUGUGGAGGUAACGACAAAGGAGAGUUUAAGAUUCAACAGGUAGACAGUCUGGGGAAGGUGUCAGUUAAUAUAGUCCCGACGACCACUCGCUACGACCUGUCCGUCUGUGUCUAUGAUGUGGUCAACUUGACUGUCGUGUCCUUCACCGUGCUGACCGAGACGAGCCUCACGUUCCUCAAUCUGCCCAAUACGACACACGUGGUGGAAAACACUUCCGGCAUGGAGCUGUUCCACGUCACUUCCUGCUGCGCCUUCCCCAACGUCACGUACUCCAUCUUGGGCGGCAACGAGGACAACAAAAUGACCUUUGACUCCAGCACCGGCAUAAUGGGGCUCACCGUGCCCUACGACCGGGAGAUCCAGAGCAAGUAUGAGUACAAGGUGCAGGCAAAGUCGGACAGCGGUCAGACCAUUAUCCAGAACCUUACCGUCAUAGUGGACGAUGUGAACGACAACGCCCCUGAAUUUGACUCUAGUGUUUACGUUUUGAAAAUCAGUGAGGAUUAUAGUGCUCCAAAUAAUCUUAUACAGAUAACGGCCACUGACAAAGACGAUGGUUUGAACAAAACUCUAACCUAUAGUUUAACAAACGCAUCGACUUUCUUCGAUAUUGAUAACAACGGAUUUAUUCGUCUAUUGACCAAGCUCGACUAUGAGACACAAGACAGCUUUGAAUUACUUCUUACAGCAAGGGACGGUGGGUCGCCACAGCUGAGUGGCUCAGCCACAGUUUACAUAAUCGUCGUGAACGCCAAUGAAUACCCGCCGGAAAUCAUUGCAGUACCAGGGACCUUGUCGACAAGCCUGAGCGAAGACGUCGCCCUGGGAACGCUGGUGUUUCAGGUGCAGGCCCGGGACAACGACACCGGAACUAAGUUGUUGUACUCGAUCACUUCCGGGAACACCAACGAUGACUUCCGCAUCGACCCGGUCUCUGGGAACAUAACCACGUGGCACUUCUUGGACCGCGAGACGACGCCUAGCUACAACCUUGUGAUCGUGGUGCAGGAUCAGAUGGGGAAGAAUGCAACAGCUACUGUCAGCGUCACUGUGACAGAUAUAAACGACAACAAUCCGAUAUUCUCCCAAAAUGUUUAUAUAUUUGCCGUUGCGGACAACGCAACCCCUGGAACAUUUAUCGAAACUCUCAAUGCUACUGAUAAGGAUGCUGGGGUUAAUGCAUCUAUUAGUGCGACUUUAUCAGGUGCUCAUGCUAGUGAUUUUAGUCUAGACAGCAGUUCAUUAGUUCUCACAAAUCAGGCAGUCAUGGCGUAUGCAACCAACAAUUACUACCAGAUGACUGCCGUGGCUCAGGAUAAAGGGACUCCACCAAGAAGCAGCUCCGCUGUGGUUAUCGUCACCGUCUCGAAAUCUUUAAGCCCGAAGUUUAAUUCGUCCACGUACACAGUCCACAUAUUUGAAAACCAAACUGUUGGUAAUCUAGUGAUAGACCUUGAUGCCACACUUAAUGGUUUACAAGAAGGGAUUAAUUUGAAAUAUUCAAUAAUUUCAGGAAAUACCAACAAUGACUUUAUUAUAAGAGAUACAAACGGCCAAAUUGUAAUUUUUAAUAACUUAGACUUUGAGACAACUUCAUCUUAUAGUUUGAUUGUUCAUGGCUUUUUAACCCCUGCUGGCAAUCCUAUCGAUACUUGCACUGUAUCUAUUAUUAUUGAUAAUGUCAAUGACAACUCGCCAAUAUUUAAAGACAGCAGCCUUGCUUAUGACCAGGAGACGUUUAGCUUCAAUGUCAAAGAAGAAUCACCGCUAACAACAGCAGUUGGUAUAGUGCUUGCAACUGAUAAGGAUCAGUCUCCUUACGGUACUGUAACACUGACUUUGUCCAACACAACUAAGUUCGCGAUCCACCCCACUAGUGGAGCUAUAUCCGUAAAUGGCAAUCUCGACUACACGGAAGCCAGCAGCUACAAACUAGUCGUCACAGCCACUGACAGCGGUGUCCCUGCACUGACAGCCAAGGCGUCUGUAGUGAUAAACAUCAUCGACAUCAACAACCACGCCCCUGAGUUUAUCACCCCGAAUAACGUCAGCGUUUUGGACACCACUGCUAUAGGCUCAGAGAUAUUCCGUUUCCACGCCACUGACAAGGACACCGGAGACGCUGGAUUAGUCGCCUAUACGGAUACGACACAAAACGCUGCGUUUGAGCUUGAUAGCGCUAGCGGAAUCCUGAAAACUAAGGCAGCCCUCACACCUCCAUCUUAUGCAUUAACAAUAGAAGCGAAAGAUAAGGACGCCGCUAGAACUAUGUCUACGAGCCAGGUUUUUACAGUCUACGUCAUAUUCACUGACCCAAACAACAACGACCCUGUGUUUUCCCCAGCCUCUUACUCUGUCAACGUACCUCGAUCAUCUGGCUCCGGGACAAGUGUAGAGACCGUGACCGCCACGGACGCCGAUAAGGGCUUGAGCGCCCAGUUAGUUUACACUAUAGCGUCCGGAAACACAGACGGCUACUUUGUCAUCAGCCAGAGCACGGGCCUCAUCACUGCGGCCACUUCAAUGUUGUCUGCAAAGGAUACCUACAGCUUAAUCGUGGUGGCCACCGACCAAGGUAACCCGCCCCGCUCGGCCAGCGCCACUGUGGCCAUCACAGUGGUGCCGAAAAUGACGACAUCAAUCACCCCUAACUACAUUUUCCAAGUCUAUGAAAAUGUUAACGGUGAGGUUGGUCGUAUACUCGUAGACAAAGAUCUGUCUCCUACUAAGUACACCAUUGUUUCUGGAAACAUUGGAUCAGUGUUAAGUAUCAAACUGGACGCAACCACUAAAGAAGGCGUAUUAUCAGCCAGUGCACUGGACUAUGAAACGGUGCCCGUUUAUUCUCUUGAAGUAACCGUAGAUUCAGACAUAGGAAGUCUCACUAAAAUUGUUGAAGUUCAGGUGAUGGACGUAAAUGACAAUCCGCCUGUGUUUGCUCCCUUGACCAUCACGUUGACCAUACCGGAAAAUCUCCCCGUUGGACACACAGUAGACACUAUAACCGCAACAGACGCCGACGUGACCGCCAACUUUAAAAUUAUCACCUUUGCUAUAGCAAACCCCGGCCAUGAUUAUUUCAACUAUGACCAAUCCGGUCACUUAACUAUUAAGCUGUCACCAGACUACGAAACGACUACCCAGGACAUAAUAGUGCUGACCGCAACUGAUCAGCUUUUUACUUCGAGCGUUACGGUCACAAUAAACCUGUUAAAUAUUGAGGAGGUAGAAGAUGUGUCCACGUCAUCGUUGACCAGCAAUGCCCUCAUCUCACUGGAAGUGCCCUACCAAGCUACUCAAGGGCAUUCCAUUCAGACACUGACCGCUGGGGAUUUCGGCAUUAACAUUUCCUCCACUGCUAAUGUGGAGUUUAUAUCCUACAAAAGUGACGUUCCAUUCAGUAUUGACAGCACUACUGGCGAGUUGACUGUCAGCGGUUCUCCAGCCUUAACAAACCACGCCAAGUAUUUCAUGUGGAUAUUGUGCCGUACCAAAGAUGGCUCCGUCACCACCUCACAGAUCUCACUCAUCCGAGUAGACACCUUCGAUCUCUACUCACAGAUGGCCGUCAUUGAGUUUGCUGAGUCGUACUCUGAAGUCAGUGCCAAAAAGGCAGCAUUUCAAAGAAGAGCACAGGCUUACUUCGGCACCAACCAGAGAUUUGGUAUCUCCAACAUAAUUGACACGAGUUCAUCCUCCAGGAGAAAACUUUUGGCAACAAACACCAUCGCCUACUCCUACGUGGUCAGUAACACCGGUACCACGGACAACAUGGCCAACGUCAACCAGGACAAGACAUUUUUUACCGAAGCGGAGAUUCUCACAGUCUUACAAGACUCUUCAGAUGGAACCCCUGCAAGCGGCCUGUCUGACCCAAACUUCCUGGACGUGACCAAAGUCAUGCCAUAUCAAGAGACCCAACAGGGCAGCGACUCUGAGUUCGUCAGCUCCCCGGCUGGUAUUGCCAUGUUCUGCCUGCUGGCGCUGCUGCUGCUGCUGGCGCUGGCAUUGCUCAUUGCUUGUCUGUGUUACAGGAAGAAGAAGCGAGACGACGAACGAAGACUUCUCCAAGAGGAAAACAAGAAAUCCCAAGAAAACAGCGGCUUCUUCAUUGUGAGAGAAUUUUCUGAUGCUGAACUGCCUCCAAAACAUUAUGAUCAACCACCUCCAGCUAUUCAUUCCUACAGACAGACCCCAGCCAACCAGCCUCAAGACAAGAAUGCUCCUCUUCUGAAUGUUCCAGAAGAAAAGCGCGAGGCCGAGUCAGUUCUCGAGAAGCCCAAAGAUGCAUCUCCAAACAUCAUCGUGGUGACAGCGCCAACAGAAACGCCUCAGGAGAUCGCGGAAACCUCCAAGGAGCCUCAGGCGAAACCUUCCGAGGAGAGGAAGAGAGUGAACACCCAGAGAGGUGACACCAAUAACAACGUGUCGAUCAUUAAGAGCAGCGCCAAAACCUUUAGCGGAACUUCCUUGGCAGCGUCCAACUUACAGCUGAAAUCUAAGAGCAAAGGGAAAGCUGGAAGAAAGCAAAGCCCCAACAGUAGUGCGAAAGAUUCGCGUAAGCCUCAGGACUCAGCCACCAAAAAGGAAGUGGCGGAAGAGACUAAGCCAUCAGAGGAAGCAAAAGAAGAUGUGCACAACAAAGAAGAGGGGAGCAGUGCACCAGACCCCAACAAUCCAGAAGAUACUGCUGAUCAAUCACGUGAUGGUGGAGACUGAGUCAUUGGAGCUCAGGGCGCAAUAUACAGUGAAAUCAAAUCAUACAUUUUAAUACUUACAAUGUCAUAAUUAUCAUUUUCUAUGCCCUUUGGAUAUUUGUAUAAGCAUACCUUUUUAGUGUGCAUAUUAUUGUUAAGCUCAUUUAAUUACAUUUUUCUUUAAAAAUAUUUCCAUAGAAGGUAAAACAACCGCCCCCCCCCCCCAAAAAAAAAAAACAAUAUAAAAUAUAAACAACUUGUACAGAAACAACAAAAUAUGCCCUGUGGAUAUGUUUGCUUUUAUAUGUAUAUGAAAUUUAUUCACUACUUGUUAACUCAGCAUACUGUGAUAUGAUAUAAAUGUUACAAUUUGAUAAUGUUCAAACGUUGUAUAUUUUUGUACAUAAUAUUUUUAUCAGUCUGAUACAAGAAGGUGUAUUUGUGACUUCUGGAAUAUUUAGGUGUCCAUUAACUAUUUCCGAGAUAACUAUGUUGACUUAUGCUAUUUAAAUUGUCUAAAUAACACCAUCUCGACUCCCAAUCAACAUUCCAGCGACCUCUCUCUAGCCUCCAAUAAAACUACAUUUCAUACGGCCACUGUUGCAUGAAUCAGGUUUCUAUUAAAGAUGAUGGAUUCAUUCCUUUUUUUUAGAUUGACGAUGUAAAUAAACAUAAAUAAGAGCAUUAUUCUCUUGAAAAGAAAACUGUUGUAUUUUGAACUUUGAAGACUUUUUUCCAACAACCGAAUAUUAAACGGUUUAUUUAGUUUUGUUGAACAAAGCGCUCUGUCUGAUAGAGGUCCAAGCUAAUGACCAUAUUUAAUACUACUAUUUCCAAUGGGUCAGGGACUCCGGACAUACGGACUAAAAUAUGUGGCCGAAGGCCGAGCACACCGGGAACCCUCAUCAUUUCCCUAAAGUUUACAAAACUAACCGUGCAUGACUCAUCAUUGAUGAAACGGUCCCUAGAGGUACGACGUCUGGAUUACGGCGUCUGGAUUUUGACAAGGUCUUUGAAGCUCUCGUACAACUCCGCACUGUGCAAUGGAAAUACUUUCGCACUCCCUUAGACACUCCAACAGGAGUCUUGUUUUACUACACAUUUAGCCUAAUCGCUUCUUCUAGCGAUCGUUUCCACCCGAGAGCCGCUUUGAGGCAGGGUAGCGUACCCGGGCUUCCAGACCAGGAAGUUCUAUAAUUUUCCAAUUCUUAAAAUUAAAAAAAAAAAGAUGUAUUCAUACACAAAGAAUAUAUAAGAAAUGUACUAAAGACUAUAUUUUAUGUUCCACACUCUAGACCAUU